AUGAUUGAGGAUCUUUUAGACCCAACUAGCACGACGGUGGUUACUUACACACAUUAUGCCAGGAUCGCUGCGUUCAAGGACCUGAAUACAACGACCGUGAAUCAGGUAUUGGGAUUACCAGGGCUUUUUUCAACAUUCAACGCUCCGCAACUUCGGAAGCUCAGGAUAUCCGCAAUUUCUGCUUCUGUGGCAUCUAUCUUCGCAUGUAUAAUAGGAUUAUACCUACUAACAUCGAUAGAUAGGCGACGGAAAGUGUUCAGACAUCAUUUAAUUUUUUACCUUUUAGUUUGUGACUUUUUGAAAGCUAUUGUAUUAUUGAUUUAUCCAGUGGUAAUAUUAAGACACAAUGAAAUAUAUGGAACCCCAGCAUUCUACAAUACUGUAGGAUGGCUCACUGCUUAUGCUAUCGAGGGAGCAGAUAUUGCCAUUUUUGUCUUUGCGCUGCAUUUCGCCAUUCUUAUCUUUAAGCCCAACUGGAAAUGGAGAAAUAAUAACACGGGGAAUUUGGAAGGGGGCUUCUUCAAGUGGAGAAAAUUCAUAUACCCAUUCACUGCUUUGACACCGACCGUGUUAGCUAGUCUAGCCUUCAUUAAUUUCAGCAGUUAUAACGAAGAUGUCAUCGAAGCUGACACCAACGUUGUGUUAGACAAUAACAAUUACAAUUUUGAAUUCCAAGCAAAGAUGGGGGGUUAUAAACCUUUAAGCGCAUGGUGUUACUUACCACCAGUUCCAAUAUGGUAUAAACUAGUCUUGAGCUGGGUGCCUCGAUAUUUUAUCUUCUUGACGAUUUGCACAAUAUACAUCAGCAUCUACGUCUUUGUUAACAGAGAAAGUCGAAAGAUCAAAUCAGAAAUCAAAGGAUUCCAACACUCGGAAGACAAUCAUGUUAAUUUUUUCAACAGGAAGCCAUCACUUAACAUUGCUUUGAAUGUAAUAAAUGGUUCUGCUAUUGGAAUAAAAUAUUGUUUCAAGAGAUUCGUUUCGUUUUUACGUAACUUUUUCUUUCUCGAAUUGUUUGAUGAUACUGAAAGCCAAAAACACAAUUUAUCAGCAGCGGGCGGUCGACAGCGUGCUGGCACGCCAGGCCUACCUUCAGUGAAUGAUUUGGAUAUAGGGCUAUCUAACAGAUAUGAGUAUAGCCCAGAUGAGGUUGACAUUGAAGACGGAUACAAUAAUAAUAGUAAUAACGGUUUACAUUUGUUUGAAUAUUCUAAUCUUCCGAUUGCCAGUCAUGACGGAAGUGAAGAUUUAAACAAAAAUCGUAAACCAGACAGCCUUACACCAGCGAAACCUCAAGUUGCUCAGUUUCGGCAACCCGCUAACUCCUAUGCUUCUGCAAGAUGUCCUCCGAGCAUCCCAUUACAAACUUCUUCCUCUCCGAAUGAUGUGCCCAAUGUGUCGAAACAUAGUACAAAUACCGUUGAUAACCAAGCGAUGGGAACAGAAGUGGAUAUUGAAAAAAUGGAACAUCUUCCAGGGAAAGAUGUCACAGGCAUAAAGCAUAAGUUCCAAUCUGAAAUGUAUGCGCAUUUUAAAAAUCGGAGGGAUCAGAUUAGGAGGCAACUUAAAUCGAUAUUUGUGUAUCCUAUGGCCUAUUUAUUACUUUGGCUCUUCCCAUUCAUUGUAGACUGUUCUCAGUACAGCUACGAAAUCUACAAUGGCCCUAUUGUAUGGUUGGCUUACAUUGCUACGUUCAUGCAACCGUUGAAUGGUGUUGUUGACGUGGCGGUUUUCCUGUACAGGGAGCAGCCUUGGAGAUAUUCUUGGGGUUUAAUUCAUUUCAAAGAACUAAUCAGUAAAUACAGGCUCAAGGGAGAAAUCGGUGAGGCAGACAUCUUAAGUAUGUGCGAAAGUGAACUUGGAAGACGUGGAUGGUACUAUAGAGGAAGAUGGGUAAAAGAAGAAUGCUGGAAAUAUAAACCUCAGUUAUGGAAACGUACAUACUGGUAUGUCCACAGAACAGUAAUCGGAUUAUGGAGGCUUGAUUUGAAUUUCGAGGACAACUGCUUAGAUAGAGAUUAUUGGGAUUCGUAUUAUGGAAAUCAUGCUAGUAAUACAAUGUCAAUGUCUACAACCAACAAGCUCAAGCUGUUUCCUGUACUGCAUCAAAGUUUAUCUUCAUCGACAGGAAGUAGUGAAAACGGCAUAGAUCCAUAUAAGAGGAAAUUCAAAGUGCCUUUAAUGUGGAGAAUCUUUCAUAAACUUCCUCUACAAGAAGGUAUUGACCUUGAUGAAUUAGAUCGUUAUCUCAAGAUGAAAAACAGAUAUGACGACUUUAUUAUUCCAGGGUUGCAAUUCGCGAUUGACCAGAAUACGAGCAACAACAAUAAUUCUCUAUUUAAACCCAAUUACCUUCUUUCGAGCAGUUCCAAGGAAAAGGAACCAACAAGUGACAUUUCUCCUAGUAAACAUUCCUCCAUCACCGAAACACCAUUACAAGGAUCACUCAAUUUUGGCAAUGUGGCAAAUAUGAACUUUGCUGAUGUUACUAAGAAUGCUAAUUUGCCAGGCGUUUGUGCGAACUCUAACCAGUCUCAAUCGUCCACUAAAGAGGAACAGUUAGAUUUAUUAUCCUUCUUGAAAGGUCCACCACCAACAUAG